AUGGCCCAAUGCAGAUUCUUCGUCGCUGGCUACUGUAUGAGAGGAGACAGUUGCCGUUACUCUCACGAACCCGUUUCGAAUUCUGACAGCGUGCCCCCACCAGCCCCUCACGACGAUGCGAAGUCAAAAGCUAGCACACGGGUAGCUUCACAUUUUCUCCAGGGAGGGUCAUGGAGGGAACAGCAGGUCUUCGCUCCGGCAGAAAGGUUUGCUCAAGAUGUACCAUCUACCAAUAUCCUCCAAUCCACACAAUCGUUGUUUCAAAGUCCGCUGGCUUUCAGACGCAGGGAGCCCGAGUUAGCGCAGGCAACGUCGGAUUCACGAUCGCAAAUUCCAUGCUAUCACUAUGCCCGGGGUAAUUGUCGGAACGGAAAUACUUGCCCUUACUCCCAUCUUGACAAGAUCGAUAGGAGCGAGCAGAAGGUGGAGACUCCUUCGGAUCCUGAAGAGAACCGAUUCCGAGAUGACUUCAAACGAGAAAUUGGUGGCGCGUUGGUUCAAUAUGGACUCGGGGCUCAAGUGUCCAAAAUUUCUCUACCUGCUGACUUCUCUGCUGCUCGGAUUACAGGACUACCAGUAGAUAGCUCCCCGGAAUCCGUUGUCGCCCUUCUGUCCGAACUAGACAUCGAUGUCUCGCUAGAUUGCGUACGAAUAUCUCCGCAAAAUGGAGCUCUUCCUAUAUCCGCGGAUAUCAAAUUUGACGAUCCUACGGCUGCGAGGACAUUGUGCGCUAAAAUUUCUGUCGGAUGCACUUCCAAUGCCACAGUAUCGCAGCUACAAGCAUCUCAAAUUACAGCUAGCUUUCCUUCGGGAGCAAACUAUCGUAGAGUUGAGUGCAAGAAAGUCCAGUGUUCCUGGCACAAGCCCUCCAAGACAGCAUGGCUGAACUUCGGGAGCAAAGAUAUUGCAAGAAGAGUUUUCAAUAAGUUUGAUUCCGCGUCUUACAGAAUUCUCGACAAGAAAGUGCACUGCAACCCACCGAUGAAGGGCGAAGGAGGGUUAAGAAAUCCAUAUUCCUGGACAGUCAUGCUUACAGACUUAUCGACCGGCACCACAGAGCACGAUAUCCGUUCCGCCAUAUAUUCACCAUACGAUCGUCCUCGAAAUAUUGAGAUAGGGCAACCUACUUACAAUGUUGAUGGCGAGCUGGCUAGUGCAACUGUGAUGUCCUUGCUAAGUCGAAUUGGUCCAAUCGAAUGGCACCAAGUCAAUACAGAAUUAGAAGGCAAGAGGGCGAAGGCCGUUGCCCGAUUCUACGAAGAACAUGAUGCAAGGAAAGCUGCAACAUCACUUGACAACUUUCCACUACCGUUCGGAAAAAAUAUGAAACUAAGUACUCAACUUGUUAACAUUGCAAAGUUCAAAGUCGCAACUAUCAUCUUCAGUGCUGUUCAACCUCAGAUUCGUGCGGCGAGUCAGGAUUGGUCGGAGAAACAUCUUAAUUUCAAGAUAUAUCCGUGUGCUGGUCCUGCAUCCCAGUAUCGAGUACUCAAAAUUGAAGGCUCAGUAGCCAAGGACGUCGCUACGGCAAAAGAAACUAUGGAUAAGAUACUAGAUGGCGUUAUAGCACUGAGCCGCGGGGAACCUCUCUGGACUCAUUCCUUGAGCUACAACGGUGAGGCAUUCCAAAAGCUGAAAAAAAUUGAAAAAGACCACGGUGUCGUUGUCAUCCGGAACAGGAGGAAAGGAGAGCUCAGACUUUACGGCCCUCCAGGAAGGUGCAGUAAUGCAGAGUCUGCCAUUGCGGACAUGAUAAGUGCCGAGUCUUCUACGAACCAUAUCAUAAAUCUGAAGCCCGAGGAGUUUCAAUGGGCAUGCAAUGGCGGGUUCCAUACCAUCGUUUGUGCACUUGGAGAGAAUCAUGCCACUUUUGAUAUCGUCUCCAAUCCAAAGAGAAUACUCAUUACCGGAUCACGAAAAGAGUAUGAGGCCGCAUUAAGAACCAUUACCAAGCGGGAAAUGGAAACAACCAUUCAAGAUACUGCCUCAGAGAAGGAUUGCGCUGUAUGCUGGACUGCAGCCGAAAAUCCUGUGCCCACAAAAUGCGGUCAUAUCUAUUGCAUUGACUGUUUUGAAGGUCUCUGCGCUGCGGCCGGCUCAGCAGAAAAAGAUUUCUCGAUCAGUUGUGUUGCUAAGGGAAAAUGUCAGGCAGUCUUCAGUCUUGAGGAGCUACAAGAAAAUCUUUCGUCCAGAGCGUUUGAAGAUAUUUUAGAAGCAUCUUUCGCGUCCCAUAUCCAACGCCACCCGCAGAAUUUCCGCUACUGUCCAAAGCCGGACUGCGGCAUGAUCUAUCGGAUUACGAACACGAACAAUUGUAAUACAUGCAGAAAAUGCCUGACUGUGACAUGCACAUCCUGUCACGUUUCGCACGAGGGCAAGACCUGUGCGGAGUACAAGGACGAAGCUUCCGGGGGUUACGAAGCUCUGAAAAAGUUAAAGAAAGAGCUUGAGGGUGUGGAUCACAUAUUUGCUGGGUUUGUUUGGAAGUGUUCUUGA